ACCAAUGGCAUGGUUCUUUUUGGCUCACGUGACAGUUCCAAAUCUCUCAACGGUUAUGUUCUACUAUCAGACAGAGUUCUUAAAAUUGGACGCAUCUUUCCUUGGAACAGCACGUGUUCUUGGAUGGUUGGGCCUCAUGAUCGGGACCUUGACUUACAAUCGCUAUUUAAAAAAGAUGAGGUUGCGAUAUAUUCUCAUGUUUACUCAAGUAGGUGUGGCCCUUUUGACUGUUCUAGAUAUGGUUCUGGUUUCUCGAGCUAAUGUUUUAUUAGGUAUAUCAGACAAGGUUGCAGUGCUUUUUGGGUCUGCUCUUUCUGACGGCAUCAAUCAAUUCAAGUUCAUGCCCUUUCUCAUCUUAUCAGGACAACUUUGUCCUCCGGGCAUUGAAGGGACUUUGUUUGCAUUAUUCAUGUCGAUAAACAACUUAGGAAUGACAGUGGGAUCUUUUGUAGGAGCAGGGCUGGCUUCGGUUCUAAACAUCUCUUCAGGGUCUUUUGACAAUCUCUUCUUAGCCAUUGGAAUUCAGGUCCUCUGCACUUUCAUCCCAGUGGUCUUCCUCUUUUUGAUACCAAAGGAAGCUACAGGUUUGUCAGCAUAAUUCAUAAAGCAUACAUGGCAGGUAACAGAUUAGACAACAAAGGAAUUUUUUCUUAUUUAUUAUAGAUGGAUACUCGUGUUAGUUUGAGAUGAGUUUAAAUGGAGCGACAUGGUUAUUGAGGAGAUACAUAUAGCUGACCAUAACUUGCUUGGGAUUAAGACAUAGUUGUUGUAUGAACACUCACAGCCUGGUAGUUUUUUGCUACUCUCUUCUGCUUAUUUACAUCUGUAAUAUCAAACAUCAAUUGUAGGAUUAGGGAUGAAACUGCAGGCUGAUUUGGGAAUCCAGAAGUUUUAUAUCAGAGCAUUAUUUUGACAGUUGGAUUUUGACA